AUGGGCCUGGCAGGGUCAUCGGCGCCGCCUGCGCCCCCGCGUCCUAGAGUCUUGGAACCGCACCCCAUGCCCCGCACCUUACCGAAACGCAGUCCCCCUCGGGCCUCCGAGCCUGCCCUGCUCAGCAGCCUCCAGGCAAUUGAAGAUCAGCUAAAGAUAUAUGGUUACAAGAGGGAUGCUGAUGUCUUUGAGCUGUUCCUCUCUCAAAAGAAACUGACAGAAGUCGUUGAUCUUUCUAGGUUUAGAAAAUUAAAAUACUUAUGGCUUCAUCAUAACAAGCUCAGUGGGAUCGCAUUUUUAACCAGAAACUACUGUCUGACUGAACUGUAUCUAAACAAUAAUGCACUAUUUGAGAUAGAAGGGCUGCGCUGCCUGUCCUCCCUGCACGUCCUCCUGCUGCACCACAAUGAGUUAACGAGCAUCGAGGCCACCGUGAAGGAGCUGAAGGGGAUGCUGCACCUGAAAACCCUGAGUCUAUGCCAAAACCCUUUGUGCCAAUAUAACUUGUACCGUUUGUAUAUAAUCUACCACCUUCCAGGAGUAGAACUACUGGACAGAAAUCAAGUUACAGAAAAGGAACGAAGAUCAAUGAUUACCAUUUUUAACCACAAAAAGGCUCAUAUCAUUCAAUCCAUUGCAUUUGGAAGAAAAGUAGAUGCCUCGUGGAAUCCUAAAUUACCAUUAAAACAGAAACCGGCCCAGAAACUACCUUCAGAUUUUGCAUUUGCAGAUAAUGUAGACAAAACUGUGUUUGAUGACCCAGAAGAUGCUGUUUUUGUGAGGUCCUUGAAGAGAUCAGUGAUGACUAGGACCAGCAUGAACUGGGACACAGUUCCCACACGAGAGGAAAAAUACUUUGAAGAGAAAGGCUUGGAAACCACACGGAUGCUCACCAUUACACUGAGAUAACGCCCUGGUGUUUCCAGAAAUCCUACUGGUAUUCA